AUGCUACCUCGAGCAGCUCGUCGCCGAAAUGUGUUUCAUCAUUUACGCCAAUCAGCCGAGCAGCUAUCCCUGCCCUGGCUGUGUCCAGCGGCAUCGAGACUCCAUUUCCAAUCAAGUCGGCCGGAGUCGAUGAGCGGUCCGGCUCCCUCGACUUCCAACGAGCCUGGCCGCCGCCGACCAUCUUUACUCUCUACUCGGAGCUUGGCCACUGCUACAGACAAUUCCAUCAUCGAGCCUGGUCGCCAGAAUCUGUUCGAGGAUAUUCAUUACCCAACCGCUUCCAACAAUGACUCUUCUUCUGUACGAUGGGUCCCCUCUGAAUUUUCUUCGCAUCUCAACUCCAGGGAUCCUUCCAUCGUCAUAGUGGAGACCUCCUUACAGACGAAACCGAAAGUUUUCCGGAAAAUCAAUGGCAUUGGAGGUGAUGCGUCGGAGAUGCUUGCCAAUUUUGACGUUUCACUCAAAGUUGGCAAAUUCGAACGUGCCGGCAGUCUAUUGACUCGUCUGUUGCAAUUCUACCCUCCGGGCUCGCCCGAGUACUUGGAUCUCCACAAUCGAUAUUUGGAGGCGAUGGUUUCACAUAUGAUCGUGAACAGGCAGACUGAACUGACCUGGCCGCUGCAAAAGUGGUUCGAGGUGAGGAUGCCGCAGGCUUCUGUCAAGCCAAAUGCGACGACGUACGCAAUCAUGAUCCGGAUGGCGUUGCGCAUGCUACACGGCUCUAGGCGUGAUCGGACGGUCCGGAGGUAUUGGGAAAUGGCUAAGAAUGAUGGAGUCGAGGAGGAUGUCCUCGGGCUUCCGGUUUUAUCUGAGCUCGAGCUGGGCGAGUUGUCAGAGAUCUGCGCUGCAGACUUGCAGCGAGUAGCAAUGGGCAACAUGGAAGAAGAUUCACUGCAGGUACUGCCUGGGAAUAACGAGACCGAACCUACCCCUGUCCGCCCGGUGGAGCAAAAGGGCCAGGGGUUGAAGUCUUUAAAGAAAACGCUUUCGGUGUUGUCUGGUACCGUUGAUCCUCUACGUGCGCCGGAUGUUGACACUUCGGACCCGGAAAAAAUCAAAUCAUAUCAAAAAAUGCGACAGCAGCGGCUGGAGGCGACAGCAAUUCAGUCGGCUGUCGAUCGCUGGCGUUACGAGAUGGAACAAAUGAGAAAGUCUGGUCUCGAUACGUCUGGCGGAGGCAAGAAAUUGGGUCCGAUGAUAAACCAAUGGCAUUCCGAUCUCGUUUCCAAGAUCCACGAGGAGUUAAAACUCGUGGCUGAGGCCGAGCAGGAAGGCUCGUCGCCCUCGAUUGCGCACAGGGAGCGUCGCGAGUAUGGUGUCUACCUGCGAUCUAUGGACCCUGAGAAACUCGCUGCUAUUACUAUCCUCCACCUCGUCCACAUUUUCAGCCAGGGCGGUGUCGAGAAAGGGUUGAAGCUUUCGUCGAUCGUGACGACUCUCGGCAGAGAAAUCCAGGAUGAAUUGAUUGCGGAAGAGGUGCUACGGAAGGCCAAGCAAGAUGAUACCCGGCGGCAGAACAUGAUUGCCAAGAUGCUCGAGACUCGGAAACAGAGAGCAGGGCGUGGGAAAUGGCAGUCCCUAGUGCAGCAGGUGAAGGAAUCAAAGCCUUCUAUCCUGUGGCCAGUCAGGGUCCACGCGAAAGUGGGAGGCAUUUUGAUGGCUCUCCUCUUCGAUGUUGCCAAAGUCCCUGUGACCACGGAACAUCCCGAGACUAAGAAGCGGACCACGACCUUGCAACCCGCUUUUCAACACUCGUACGAAGUGCUCAGAGGGAGGCGGGUUGGCUUGAUCCAUCUGCAUCCCGAAGUGAGCGGGAAGCUCUUUCGCGAACCGCCGACGCAUUUGAUCGCCCGCCAUAUGCCUAUGCUGGCCGAACCCAGGCCGUGGACUGGAUUCCGAGAAGGAGGAUACCUGGCCCACCAAAGUCAAAUCAUGCGUUGUACGCCGGGUGAUCACAUUCAGGAGCUUUACGUAAAGAAGGCUCUCGCAAACGGCGGGCUUGAGCAGAUCCGUGCUGGUCUGGAUGUUCUUGGGAAGACGGCAUGGGUCAUUAACCAGGACGUGUUCGACGUCAUGCUCGAAGCGUGGAACUCGGGCGAAGCCAUCGCCAAGAUCCCGCCUCUGGAGCCUGAUCUUCCUUAUCCCCCCGAGCCUGCGAAAGACGACCAUGAAGCGCGGAUCCAGUGGAGCCGUGCUGUUCGCCAAAUCGAGAACAAAAGGGCGGGUCUUCAUUCGUCGAGGUGUUUCAUGAACUUCCAGAUGGAGAUCGCUCGCACGUUUCGAAAUGAGACCUUCUACUUGCCUCACAACCUGGACUUCCGGGGUCGAGCUUAUCCACUUCCAUCUUACCUGAAUCAAAUGGGCGCGGAUAAUGCUCGGGCUCUGCUGCUCUUCAAAGAGGGCAAGCCGCUCGGUGAGUCGGGGUUGAGAUGGCUGAAGAUCCACCUCGCGAACGUCUAUGGAUUUGACAAGGCCAGCCUUCAAGAACGAGAAGCUUUCACCAUGGAGCACCUGGACGACAUCCUCGACUCGGCCAACAACGGGUUGCAUGGUAGGCGAUGGUUCCUUGGAGCCGAGGACCCAUGGCAAUGCCUCGCAGCAUGCUGCGAGCUGAGGAACGCCCUCCGGCACCCGGAUCCGACACAGUAUCCAUCUCGACUACCGAUCCACCAGGAUGGGUCAUGCAACGGGCUUCAGCACUACGCUGCGCUCGGUGGAGAUGUCCAGGGCGCCCAACAGGUCAACCUGGAACCUUCCGAUCGCCCAUCCGACGUGUACACAGGCGUGGCAGAGUGGGUCAAGGAGAAAGUCGCGCGUGACGCCGCGGAGGGCAAUGAGAUUGCCAAGAUUCUCGAGGGCAAAAUCAAGCGCAAGAUUGUCAAGCAGACCGUGAUGACCAAUGUCUACGGCGUCACCUUCAUCGGCGCCAUGAGGCAGGUCAAGAGACAGCUGGUCGAACACUACCCGGAUCUUCAACCGGUCAACGAAUGUGCGAAGUAUAUCGCUCGAUGUAUUUUCAGUGCCCUCGGUUCUAUCUUCAGCGGAGCCCACAGUAUCCAGUACUGGUUGGGCGACUGUGCCAGUCGAAUCAGCACGUCACUCUCCCCGGCCCAGAUCGAAGAGCUCGCAAAGGAGGUUCUGGAAGGUGAUCCUGAUGUGACAUCUAACAAGAAAACUCAGGCGAGGGAGUACAACCCGUUGAAGAUGUUUCGCUCUACCAUUAUCUGGACCACACCCCUCGGCUUGCCUGUCGUCCAGCCGUAUCGCUCCGUUAAGACUCGCCGUAUCCACACCAGUCUGCAGGACCUCAGUAUCCAGGAUCCAACGGCCGACGGGGUUGUUUCCAAGCGCAAGCAGCUGCAGGCCUUCCCACCGAACUUCAUUCACUCGCUCGAUGCUACUCACAUGAUGCUUUCCGCAAUCGAAUGUGAUCGGCGAGGCUUGACCUUCUCGGCCGUCCAUGACUCGUUCUGGACGCAUGCGUGCGACGUUGACGUGAUGAACGCUGUCCUUCGGGACUGUUUCAUCCGCAUGCAUUCCGACGACAUCAUCAAGCGGUUGGCGUCGGAAUUCCGGGUGCGCUAUGCGGGCCACUUGUUCCUGGCGAAGGUGCCGCUGCAGUCGCGGAUUGGAAAAGCGAUUACCAAGAUCCGAAAGAAGGGAAUCGCUCAGCAGCUGCACGAGCUGUUGGAAGAACAUCGGCGGCAGACUCUGCUCCGGUCCGAGGAUCCGGAACUGCAGGAACGAGGCCGUGCGAUGGUGACGCCGGCCAGCAUCUUUGAGGCGAUGGGGGGGAAGGAUGAGGAUCUGGCGGUGUCCGCCUCGCUGGGUGAGACUGCCGUCGGCUCGAUCCCCACUGACAUGGAGAGCGCCCAGAGGGCAGCCUUCGGUAGCGACGAUGCCGACCAGGAGGACACCGGGGUGUCGAGUCCGUUCCCCGAGUUCGAUCAGCUCAGUGAUGCCGAGGCCAAUGCCUCCGCGGGGCCGGGUCGCCGGGACAUGGAGGCCGAAGACCUCGAGGCCGAGGAGGAUGAGUCGGAGACUCCCAAGAAGAAACAGGCGCAGAGGAAGAAGAUGGUCUGGCUGUGGCUUCCGCUGAAAUUCCGAGAGGUUCCCAUGAAGGGAGACUUUGAUGUCAAGCGACUGAAGGAGAGUAAAUAUUUCUUCUCUUGA